GGUUAUUGGCUGGUCCUUCAGUAGGAGGAGGAUCCAGGGCAACUACAAAUACAGACCGAGCCCCAGUGUAACCAGAUUACCACAGGCCGCAGGAUUAACCACUGAGACAGAGGAAAAACACCAAAACCGGACGGAUUGUUCGCUGCUUUUUAAAGAUAUCAGAUUGAACCAUGAACAAGGACACGGACAUCGACAUGAAGGAAGUGGAGCUCAAUGAGCUGGACCCUGAGAAGCAGCCCAUGACAGGCGAUGGCCAGGCUGCAGGCGGAGAGAAGAAUGGCAGCGUGAAGCUGAAGGUACCCGAGGACGAGGUCACAUUCACCGGCCUGUCCAAAGAGGAGCUGAUGAAGGUUGCUGGCACCCCAGGAUGGGUGCGAACCCGCUGGGUGCUCCUUGUCCUGUUUUGGCUGGGCUGGUUGGGCAUGCUGGCUGGAGCCAUAGCGAUCAUAGUCCAGGCCCCUCGCUGCAAACCCAUCCCCGAGAUGAACUGGUGGAACGAAGGACCUCUGUACCAGAUCUCUGACCUUGAAGCUUUCUCUGACGGACUUGCAGGUGUUGAGGCUAAGUUGGAUGAAAUCAACAAGCUGAAGGUGAAAGGCCUGGUUCUCGGCCCUCUUCACACCGUCCAGGCCGACCAACCGAACUCCCUGUAUCUUCAGGAAAUCGACCCGUCUCAGGGAACUGAGAAAGACCUGGUCGCUGUGUUGGAAAAGGCGCACAAGAAGGGCAUUUCUGUGGUGCUUGACCUGACUCCGAACUACCUGGGAGCCACUCCCUGGUUCGGCGCCGGUGAUACUAAUGUUGUGAUGGAGAAACUCAAGGCUGCAGCGGAUCACUGGCUGAAUUUGAAUGUCGACGGCAUCAAGAUAUCCGACCUCGCUGUUGCCACCAAUUUGAUUGAGUGGUCCCUGCUGAAGGCCGCUGUCCAGGGCAACGACACUGACACCGACGAACCCAAGAAGAAGAAGCUGCUGAUGGGUGUGGUUGAAGGUAGCUCGGCUGCGGAGUUGUCUCAGCUCAUCAACACCACAGGUGUAGAUCUGGUCCUGUCUGACCUGCUCAGCAGCAAAAUUGGAGGUGUGGAGCGCAUCAUGGCUAUGGACACCCUUAACACUCAGAAGGGUAAAGUGGCCUGGGAACUCGGUGCCGCCCAACGUGACCAGCUGUCCAAACGGGCAAUGACUCCGGCCCUGAUCCGCCUCUACCAGCUCCUGCUGUUCACCAUGCCCGGAACCCCAGUGUUUAACUACGGAGAUGAGAUCGGCCUUCAGGCAGUUGGUACAGAAUCUCCGAAGAUGGUUUGGGACCUAGAGAAAGAACUUGCUGAAGAUGUUGCUGUCAAUGAGACUGUUAAGGCUGAGCUGAAGGAGCGCGUCGCUGUAAAGAAAUGGUUCAAAUCCCUCAGCGACCUGCGAGGCAAAGAGCGCUCCCUCCUCCACGGCGACUACUACUCUCUCUACUCUUCCGCCACCUCACUUUCUUUCCUCCGUCUGUGGGACCAGAGCGAGAGAUACAUAACGGCUGUGAACUGGGGAACAACACCUGAGACGCUCGCACUCAAACUGGCACCUACAGAAGGAGUAGAGCUGCCAAAGACAGCCAUAGUGAAUUUGUCAACUGAUCCAGCGAUGGAGGUCGAAUCCACCGUCAGCUUGGACAAACUCACCCUAGGACCCGGACAAGCAGUCCUGCUGCAGUUCCACUAUACAGGCUAAAGAUGGAGCCAAACUAUAGGAAAGUUACCUACAGGUUAGACUUGUUUUUAAAAAGAAACUAAAGUCAGUCCUAAUCCUGAGGAAUAAAAUGGCAUAUUCAGAAGAUGCAGGACAUUUAUUUAGACAGAAUAUGAAUUAAUUGGGUCAUAAAAAGUACAUACAAAUACAGAAUGUUGGCCAGUACAAACUUUGUUGAAUUCUUUUAGUUUUUAAAAGUUUUGCGCUAAGAAAAGAUGAACUCAGACAUGCACUCUUGAUCUUUUAUUAUUGACUAUCUGUACAAAAAUAUGUGAAAGACAUUCCAUUUUUGUUCUUUGGGCAUUUCUAUAACAGUCCUCAUGUGUUUUUUGUUUUAUACAUUUUUAAAAAUAAUCUGUUUUAGUGACAGUUUUACUCUUUUUCCUCACUGAAAUGAAUUUAUCACACAGGAAAAACAAGUUAACUUUGAACAUGUGUGGUUUGAAGUCUUUUUUUUGAGAGUGCCGGUAAACAAAAGUUGUGAAUGGCAUCAAGUCUGUCAAGUGAACUGAAUUGGAAAUGAAUAAACAAAGUUCUGUACCAAC